AUGACUCAAUUCAGACAUGCCUUCUCGUUGGAUAAGCAGGAGCUCAACGAGAUGGCGCCUCCUGGCACUGUUACGUUGAUGGACAGAGAACUCGUCCGAACGAACACAGGACAUCAUGAAGUCGAAGAAAACCACAUCCAUUUGAACCCAGAACCAUCACCGGAUCCAGCGGAUCCUCUCAACUUCUCAAACACGCGGAAGGUCAUGAUCUUGGCGAUCAUGGCUCUUUACGCUUUCAUCACCAACGUCUCUAGUUCCAUCAUCAGCAGUGCUUUGCCAACUCUUGUCACUGCCUUCAUGGUGAUGCACGAGCGAGGACCUCCAACCGGCAUCAUUCAGUUUAGCACAUUGACCCAUCUCAUUGCGGUCAACAACCUGUUCCUGGGUGCCUCGAACACCUGGUGGGUGCCUUUGGGAAACACCUUUGGACGUCGUCCUAUCAUUCUCAUCUGUCUUGCUAUCCUCUGUGCCUCCUCGGUAUGGGCCGGCGAGGCCAAGUCCUUCAACAGCCUACUCGUCGCUAGACUCUUCCAAGGCAUUGGAGGUGGCGCUGCCGACACCCUUGCUCCUGAUGUCGUUGGACAGAUCUUCUUCGUGCACCAGAGAGGUCGUGCCAUGGCUAUCUACACCAUCUUCCUUGCUUCCGGUUCCCUUGUCGGUGGCCUCAUCGGUGGCUAUAUCACCCACUCGAUGGGAUGGAGAUGGACUAUGUACAUCUCGGCUAUCCUCUCAGGUGCUCUUCUGCUUUUGAGCUUCUUCUUCGUUCCCGAAACCCUCUUCGACCGUGAGGCAGCCAUGGCCAUCGUGCGUCCCGAAGGCUACGAUAACGAUUCACCCAUUGGCGAGAAGGCCGAGAUCGCCAGAGUCGAGACGGUCAACUCUGUUGUGUUCCCCAAGUACACCUUUGCCAGAAGCCUCAAGGUUGGCAUGUACCGCCCUGGUCUGCUCAAGAGAUUCAUCACUCCUUACACCACACUUCUCUUCCCCGGUACCUGGAUGGUCAUGCUUCAUUACGCCGGUCUUGUUGGACUCAUCGUCACUCUUUCGACCGUCGCACCACAAAUUCUGGCACAGCCCCCUUAUCUCUGGGGAGGCUCUGUUGGUCUGAUCAAUGUUGGCGGUUUGAUUGGUACUGUUCUCGGCGCGAUUUACACCUAUUUCACCGCGGACUUCAUCGUCAAGCGCCAGGCCAAGCGUGAAAGACAUGGUUUCAGCGAGCCUGAAGCACGUAUUCCUCUCAUGUUCCCUGCCCUCCUCAUCGCCACCGCCGGUUCUAUUUGCUUUGGUUGCUCCGCCCAGGCAGCGACACCAAAGGCCUGGAUUGGUCUCGAGUUCGGUGCUGGAAUGGUUGCUUUCGGUCUCAUGCAGGUCCCUUCCAUCGGCUUCAACUACAUCAUUGAGAGUUACGGUGGAUGGAGCGCCGACUGCUUCCUGAUGGUUGUUGCUUUCCGUGCCAUCAUCAGUUUCGCUUGGACUUUCUUCGUCGGCACUUGGGUCGAGAGCGCAGGACCUGCCCUUCCCUUCGGCAUCUUCGCUCUGCUCAUGGGUGUCUUCGGUCUCACUGCCGUGCCCGUUUGGCUCUUCGGCAAGAGACUGAGAAUCGCGACCAGCCACAUUGUUAUGCGUGGAUACGCUAAGACUGAGUAG